CCCUAUGUGCGCGGGUAUAUAUGCUGAUCAGCGCGCGCGCGAGUCUCGUCGCAUACUUACGCACGAUUGGCAAGGACGAUCAGGCAUGUGUAGAUUAGAACGACGUUUGCUACUUUGAAAGAUCAAGAUUGGAAACGAGGACUAAAAAGUAAAAUUGCAACAAGCUGAGAACAAGAAUUAAUCCUCGAUGGAAGAUUCGCCUCGAUAUCGCUCGUCUCGUUAAUCGCGAUUCUCUCUGUUCGGAAUUGGCGAAACGUGUCCGGGACGCGUUGCCCGAACGCGUACCGCAACCGGUCAGCGCGUGUGCACCCGACCACGAUCGAUCCUCGGGGCGAUACGAUCCAGAAACGCGAUGGACGGAACCACCCUGCUUAGCCAUCGCAGAUAACGAAGAUCGGCCACGUUUCAUAGGAUAUUAAAUCUUUAUCGAUUUUCUUCGCCCAAGAAAACUAUCGAUAUUCUAAUUUUCCCAAUUUUAAUCAUCGGAAUCAUCCUCGAACUUGACACGCUAUAGGAAGAUCCACGAUACAAGGAAGAAGAUCGCUUCGAUCCUGAAAUCGGACGAUGAAGAUGUGAUCGACAAUUCUUGUCCGACUACGUUCCCCUGUUUAAGGGAUGUCCUCCUCCGCGGGCACGAGCUGCACCGACGCCGAGGAGGACGCCGAGGAUGUGGAGAACGAGGUGGCAGGUAGCGCGCAGUCGUCUAAUUACUUGCCGUCGGGUAUCCGUGAUAGCGCGCGCGAUCACCUGGAAGGACUGCGGUUAGAUGGGUCAUCGAUCGUGCGUCCACCAGCCGAGGACACUUCCGCGAGCCCAUCGUUGUCGUGGUCGGUGCCUCGAUAAAUCCGGAUCAUCGCCCCCCUCCACCUCCUCAUUCGUAUCCCCUUCUUCACGGCCGCCACCCGUUCAUUCGUCCACGACGAAGAUCCACGGCCCAACACCAGCUUCUCCCUCAUCACUGGCCACAUCCACGAAGGACGCGGAGCUGGGGCACGCGACAAGCUGGAGGAGGUGUGUGAACGCUGGUCGUUGGACCAACGGAGGACCGUUCGUGUUCAGGUGACGAUAGAGACGUCUAGGUUGCAACCAGGAGGAUCCUGAAAUCGUCCGAGAUUCAUUCUGGAUAAUUCGCGUUUUACCCAUUGUAUUUCUUCUUUCUUGUAUUUUUCUCUUUCUUUGUUCUUUUUCUUCCCCUUCUCAUUUUUCUUUCCAAUCUGAUUCGUGUAUUUUGUAUUAUAUACGUAUAUGUAUAUAUAUAUAUAUAUAUAUAUAGAGAGAGAGAGAGAGAGAGAGAGAAAGAGAGAAAACACUGGACAUCGCGCUAGAGAAUCGUGAAAGCUUCUAUCUGUCCGAUCGUGGAAGAUCGAAGGACUGUGGAGUCACGAGUUUGAAGAUCCGUCACACUAUAGAUCGUGCGAACUAACUCGGCAAGGAUUAACGCGAAUGUGCACGGGACAAUUGGUUGACGUUUGAUAAUACCACAGUGUGUGUUUGGUAAGGGAUAAAGCAGAUCGCCACAGCGGUUGUUCUCGUUUGGACCAGUUCCAGGCGGAUGUGAAACCGCCGACAAGUGAUAUUACGGCCGAUACCACAAUGGUGAACUAUCCUCGGAUCAUGACAUUCAGUUAGUGAUCGUGUGCAUCCCCACGUUGUUGCGCGUGUGCAUUUGUGCAGCGUAGUAGAUAAAAGAAGAAAGAUAGAAGGAAAGAGGGGAAAGAAGAAGGGGGUGAUCGAUGAAAGAAGGUUGUCGUUGUUGGACAUGAGGCGAGGGAAACAGCACGUGUUCGUCGUAGCCAGAGGCUGGACGAGAUCCUGAUAGCCGCAGCGACCAGGAUCCGGGAUCAUUCAAGGAAGAAAGGAUGCCAGGGGGGCGCAGGGGCCUGGUCGCCCCGCAAAACACAUUCCUCGAGAACAUCAUACGACGGAGCAGCAGUCAACCUGACAGCAGUUUUCUCCUGGCGAACGCUCAGAUCGUCGACUUCCCUAUUGUCUAUUGCAACGAAAGCUUUUGCAAAAUCUCUGGCUAUAAUCGUGCCGAGGUUAUGCAAAAGUCCUGCCGCUGCGGAUUCAUGUACGGGGAGUUGACGGACAAAGAGACGAUCGCCAGGAUCGAGGAAUGCCUCGAGGGCCAGAUUCACGAUCAAUUCGAGAUCCUGCUGUACAAGAAGAACAGUGCCCCACGAGGUAUGUCUAGCACAGGUUCGCAAAAGAGUGCUCGAAAAAUCCACCACGUGAACAAGAGACGACACACGUACAAGGAUCGUCGAACGAUCCCGGGACCAAGGGGCGGCCAUAAUGAGAGGACGCUAUUCGACCUCCCACCUACUCUUGAUUUCAAAACACCACUAUGGCUGCUUCUACAAAUAGCGCCAAUAAAGAACGAACGGGACCUAGUGGUCCUGUUCCUGUUGACCUUCCGGGACAUCACUGCCCUGAAGCAGCCAAUCGAGGCAGACGACAGCAAGGGUGGCCUCUCCAAAUUCGCCAAGCUCGCCAGAUCGGUCACCAGGUCGAGAUCUGUUCUUGUCUCACAAUUCAGCUCCCAUCUGCCCGCUCUCAAGGAUUCCGCGUUGCCAACCACCGCGAAGCAAUCACACUUAGCUCAUAUGAUGUCCUUAAGCGGCGACGUGAUGCCGCAGUACAGACAAGAGGCGCCAAAGACCCCGCCGCACAUUUUGUUACAUUACUGCGCGUUCAAGGCGAUUUGGGACUGGAUCAUUUUAUGUUUGACUUUUUACACGGCCAUCAUGGUGCCCUACAACGUCGCGUUCAAAAACAAAACCAGCGAGGAUGUGUCCCUGCUGGUUGUCGACAGCAUCGUUGACGUCAUAUUCUUCAUCGACAUUGUCCUCAACUUUCACACCACGUUCGUUGGCCCUGGUGGCGAGGUGGUGUCUGACCCUAAGGUGAUCAGAAUGAACUACCUGAAAUCAUGGUUCAUCAUCGACCUGUUGAGCUGCCUACCGUACGACGUGUUCAACGCGUUCGAUCAUGACGAGGACGGCAUAGGAAGCCUGUUUUCAGCGUUGAAAGUGGUCCGUCUUCUCCGGCUUGGUCGGGUCGUUCGAAAACUAGACCGGUAUCUGGAGUAUGGAGCCGCGAUGCUCAUUCUACUGCUCUGUUUCUACAUGUUGGUUGCUCACUGGCUGGCCUGUGUCUGGUACGUCACUUUAAGGUACUCGAUAGGAAGGUCAGACGCCGAUAACGGAGUUCAAUAUUCCUGGCUGUGGAAGCUGGCGAACGUCACCCAGUCCCCGUACAGUUACCUGUGGACCAAUACCAGCACCGCGCCUGAAUUAGUCGCGGGACCGUCCAGGAGAACCAUGUACGUCACCGCAUUAUACUUCACGAUGACUUGCAUGACUUCGGUGGGAUUCGGUAACGUCGCCGCCGAAACCGACAACGAGAAGAUUUUUACCAUCUGCAUGAUGAUCAUUGCCGCUCUGUUAUACGCCACCAUCUUUGGUCACGUGACUACGAUAAUCCAACAGAUGACAUCCGCCACGGCCAAAUAUCACGAUAUGUUGAACAACGUGAGGGAAUUCAUGAAGUUGCACGAGGUGCCGAAAGCUCUUAGCGAACGCGUGAUGGAUUAUGUGGUGAGCACUUGGGCGAUGACCAAGGGCCUAGACACUGACAAGGUACUCAACUACUGCCCUAAAGAUAUGAAGGCGGACAUCUGCGUUCAUUUGAACAGGAAAGUCUUCAACGAGCAUCCUGCGUUUAGAUUGGCCUCUGACGGUUGCCUUCGCGCCCUGGCAAUGCAUUUCACGAUGUCACAUAGCGCACCGGGUGAUCUAUUGUAUCAUACAGGCGAGUCGAUCGACUCGUUGUGUUUCAUAGUGACUGGAAGCCUGGAGGUAAUCCAAGACGACGAAGUGGUCGCCAUUCUCGGUAAGGGUGACGUGUUUGGGGACAGCUUCUGGACAAACCCGUCCGUGGGACAGAGCGCUGCCAAUGUUCGAGCUCUGACCUAUUGCGAUCUUCACACAAUCAAGAGAGAUCGACUGUUGGAGGUGUUGGAUUUUUACCAAGCCUUCGCCAAUUCGUUUGCCAGGAAUCUCGUUCUGACUUACAAUCUUAGUCAUCGGCUAAUUUUUCGGAAAGUGGCCGAUGUCCGUCGGGAAAAGGAGCUUGCCGAGAGAAGAAAAAACGAGCCACAGUUAGAUCAAGCGCAGGAUCAUCUGGUGCGAAAAAUUUUUUCGAGGUUCAAGACUGACGGGGAUGCCCAGAUCGUUGGCGUGAGCAGGGCCGCGAAUGGACGGUCCCAGGAUUCUGACGAGGAGCUCACCGUGAACGUCCUGCCGCCCUGGCCCAGUUUUAGGUUCCGCAGAGAGAGACACACUGCCGACGUGGAGAAGGGUGAUGGAAAAGAUGGAAAGGAGGGAAAAGAAGGCGAGUCCUCGCACAGCAGGAAGGUAUCCAUCGCGGAUGACAACACUGUGGUCAAGGGGGGGCGAGCUGGAAAAUGGGGACGGCUUUUAGGAAGCUCCAGCUUGGACUCUGGAAGCGAAACAGGAACUGGCGUGGACACGUUCAAACGUUCUUUAAGCGCGAGAGAUGCCCGUCCUAGCUCAAGUGCCGGUAGCAAUAAAGUGUUUCCCAAGUUUGGCAAGUUGAGCGGCACCAUAGAGGAAACAGGGGAUGCGGAAACUGCGAAGGAGAGCCAACAACUGCAACAACAACAGCAACAAAAUGUCGCGGAUUCGAAACAACUUCAACUUCGCCGAUUGGAAAGUUACGACGAUGGAUUGAUCACCACUCAACCGAGCCACGAUCGCGAAAUUCUAGCCGCUGUCCUCGAGGUGAAAGUGGAUCUAAAGCUGGAAGUACAACGAGUGAACCAGAGGUUGGCAAAAAUCGAGGACAUGCUCCAAACGUUGAUGAACAGGUUGCCCGCGGCCAGCCCGCAGCAGCAAAAGAGCACGAACAAUUUUUCGACGGGUGGUAACGGUGGUUCGUCGCAGAAUCAAUCGGGCGGCCAGCCACAGGGAGGCUCGAGCUGCCAACAAGGCUCCCAAGCUACUCAAACGUCGGGAGGAGGCGUGAUCGGGGAACAGAAGGUUUCUACGUCCACCUCGACGAGCGGAGGUGAAGUUUACAGGGAGCAGGGGACAACCACUGAAAGAAUGUCCAAGUCCCAGGAGCACCAUCAUCAUCAUCAUCAUCAUCAUCAAUCUCAGUCGGACAGGUUGAAGGAAAGUGAUUACAAGACCUCCUCGAGGGAAGUGAGCAAAGAAUUAUUGGAAAGACUGGCCCAGGCGACUACUUCCAGGGGGGACGACGGUACACCUCUUGGACCUUUGAUAUUGAGAAAGCGAAGAAGCAAAUCGAGAAACAAGGGGGCUGCACCGUUGGCUCCGUUAGCCAGUCAACCGAUCAGCCCUUCGGAAGCGACAGAGACAACGCAGAUGCUCGAGUGCACCGACGAUAGGGAACAGAGCGCCACGACGACAGACAGAAGCGAAAGGUCCGACAGAAAGAGGCCUCCGCCCAGGCCCAGAGAGUACUUGUGAAAGUUCUUAAGGCUCCGGGCGGUCGUCUCGAGACUGAUCUUCUUCUAGCGAGAAUCGCAGGAAGGAAUUGCCGUUUUAUGGAAUAUUUUCAUUUUCAAAGAUUAGAAUUAUAAUAGAUGCGAAUUUGACAGGGUUUUGCAUGGUUUCGAUAAGAUUGUCCGAUUUGAGCAACGAUGGAGAAAGAAGUAAAGAAUAUGUAUUUUGAAAGUUAGUCGUGCGAAAAGGAAAUGCGAGUUAUUGGAAGUAAAUGAGUAUCGAGGAUUGUAGAAUUUGUGAUUAUUCGAAAAAAUGAGAGAAGUUUAAACAAGUGAUUAGACAAAGAGAAUGACUAUUUUAGCGAACUCUUUUUAACAAAAUGAGACGAGUAAAGGCAUAAUUUAUCUGUAAAAUUUCACUGUGUACAUUUUAAAAACAUGCUGCAUUAUCGCUACUCGCUUCGCGUCUGGUCUUUAACGAGAUUAUUCGUCGGUACACGCGAGAAAUGAGCCUGACUCUGAGAGAAAAAAGUGAAAGUUAGAAACAGAAUGAUAGAAACAGAAUGGAAAAAAAUAAAAAAUGAAAAAAAGAGAGAAAAGAAGAAGAAAGAAAAAUAUAGGGAAAAAGGUGUUCGUGCCGAUGAAAAACGGUCCCGCUACUAUAACAGAACUUGGCAUAUUUUUGCAUGGCCAAAAACAAGCGAUUAAAAAAUAAAAAAAGUAUCAAAGAAAAAAGAAAAACAUAAAAAAGUAUAUCGAAUUAUAUACUGCUUGCGACGGCUUCUUCGAGACAUCGAAACGUUAUAAACGAGAGGAUGAAAAACUAACAUUCAAAAUACUCACGUUGUAACAUGUAACGUUAACACACACUGUAAUCGUAGGUUUACACGCAUUUUUAGGGGAUCUCAGCUAGAUUCGUGAUUGAGCGCGAUAGAUUUUAAGUAACAUUAACAACCAACAACAACAACAACAACAACAACAACAACAACAACAAAAGAAAACAAGAAAUAGAAAAACAAACGAAAGGAAAAAAGUGUGUGAAGAUAAAUAAUAAAGGAAAAAUAAUUUGGAAAGGAAAUAACAGGUGUCGUCAGAGAAGCAGUGGAGAAAGUGAAAAUGAGGUUAGGUAAAAACUAAAAAUUAAUUCUCGAUCAGUUUUCGAUUCAUUCUAUUGAAAAAAAUAAUUUUUUGAUAAACAUUCCAAUUCUCUAAUGAUUUAAGCAAAAUUCUAUAAUUGCCCGAAACGUUUUGAAUUUAUCGGUUAAGCAGUAAAUGUAAAAAAAUUUUGAAAAAUCGAUCGAGAAUAUGGAAAGGGAAUCGCAAGGCAAUUAUCGCGUUUUAAUUUUUUAAUUUUUAGAUAAUCGACUCCGUGACUCGAAAUGAAAAUAUGUUUUAUCAUUGCUUCGCUAUCGCUACAUCAUGUUCUUCCGUUUUUCAUAAUUUCUUUUUAUUUUUAUUUUUUUUAUCUAUUUCAUUCGAUAACUUCGCAAAAAAGGAAUUGGCGAGCGCGGAAAUGUUGAUCGAUGGUUUUUUUCAAUAGUUCAGUCUUAUUGUAAACUAUGUGUGCUUGUGUGUAUUUAUGAGCGCGUGUGUAUGUAUUUAUGAGUGCGUGUGCAUACGUGACCAAAAUCGGUUACGAGUAUGUAAAUUUUUGAGAAAAUUCGUUGCAGUGAACCUUGGGAGAACUAUUAUCGAUUUUUAUUGAUUAUUAUUGAUUUUAUUGAUUUUAUACUUUAUAUGGCUGUGCUUGCUUAAGUUUAACUAAUUAAUUAAGUU